AGGCCCAUACUUGACAUGUUAGAAACUAUUAGGCUAUAUUUAAUGACUAGAAUGGAGACCAAGAGGGAGUGGAUGAGAAAGUAUAGUGAAAGUGUGUGCCCAAAAAUUUUAAAGAAACUUGAAAAAGUAAAAAAUGCAGCAAGUGGUUGUAUAGCUACACCAUCGAGUGACUGGUUUUAUGAGGUGAGGUGCAUGUACGGGGAUAGAUACUCUGUUAACUUGGCUAGUAGGACAUGUAGUUGUAGGAGGUGGGAACUUAAUGGCAUUCCUUGCUCCCAUGCAAUGAGUGCUAUUGCAUUGACAAAGGAACCUCCAGAUAGUUUUGUGCAUGAAUAUUACUCUAAGGAGGCAUAUAUGAGGGCGUAUGAGCUUAUCAUAUAUCCUCUUAAUGGUGAGCACCUAUAGAAAGAUCUGAAAAAGGGGCCUGUACUACCCCCUGAGCAUAUCAAGCUUCCAGGUAGGCCAAAGAAAGUUCGAAGAAGAGAGCCUGAUGAGCCCCCAGCUUCAACAAGUAGUCGAGGGCAACUUAAAAAGCUGUCUAGAGCUGGGUUGAUGGAGUAUAAAUGCCGAAAGUGCAAAAAAUUAGGCCACAAUAGCAGAAAGUGUCCAGAAAAUGCAGAUGCAGCAAAUAGCAAUAGAAGAGCAGUAGAAAGUACACACCAUGUCACUGUUAAUCCACAUGAGCAGGAAGCUACACAACAAAGAGAUGCUGCAAACACAUAUGAGACAGCAAGUGGUCCACGAAAUGAAGAGCUUCAGCCACAACAAGAAGAAAGUGUAUACCAGCCUCAAUUUUCUAUUGUUGGUACCCCCCGAGCAAGUACUUGUUUCACAACUGAACCAAUAGGUGGAACAAGUGCCUGCUUGACUGAUCAAAUACCUCGUCAACCAGCAAGGAGUCAGCCAUCUACUCAACCACCCAGAACCGAGACUGGCCCCUCUCCAAGACAUAAGAAUGCAAAAGCUGCUACUACAACAAAGACCACUACUGCAGCAAAUGGCUUGAAUGAUUCUGCUACAAAUAAAGCUAUUGCUGCAUAAUCAGAGCUCAAGAAGUCCUUUUGUGUCGUUCACUUUUAAGUUUUUGGGAACAAUUAUGUGAUGGAAUUAUAUCCUGUUUUUGGGAACAAUUACUGCAUAGUGGGUACUUUUUAGUUUUUGGGAACAAUUAUGUCCUGUUUUGCUGGUUUAGUUUUUGUUAUUACAGCAAUGGAAUGAUCUCAGGAAACUAUGUUCAACUUUUGACUUGUAUUUUAUGAAAGACAUGGAUUGAUGGGAAG